AUGGCUUCGGUUUCCUCUCUAAGCUCACCAAAUAUCCCUUCAUUCUGCAGGAAACCCAUAUCCAAAAACCUAGUUUUACGCCCAUUUGAAGUGGAUUUCCCUUGGUGUCGAGCCCGAACGAGUGCGAUAAAGACACAUUCGGACGGCGCUGGACCGACUUCGAAUGGGGGAGCGGAUUUGUUGAGAUGGCCAGCGUCUUCGGAUCCCGGCGGUGAUGAUGAUCCAGCUGACGAGGCUGGGGAGAAGAAGGGUGGAGAUGAGCACGCUCAGGCUCGCCCCACAACCACCCCCGACACGACUUCGGCCUCCACGAAACAAGGUGCACAGAACCGCCAAGCCAUGCCAGCUCCCAACCAGAGGGCAGCCAGGGAAGAUGCCGCAGCAGUCCAAUUCCAUCUGCGAUCAGCCACGAACAAAGUCGACCUCUCACUCCACACCGCCAUAGCUGUCGAACACUCCCAAUUUGGUUCAAAGAUGGGCGGUACGCGGUAG